AAUGAUGCUUGACAGUAAAAAAUGCUUUCAAACCCAAAGUGAUCCACAUUGAUUGGGACGCCAAACCACCUGUGCGCAGAGAGACACGGUGAAAUCUCAACGGAGAUCAAGUAUUCUCUAAAAGUCGCCCGCUAUGUGCUCAGGGAUGAAAUGUCGCAAAUAGGUCAGAACACACCCUCAAAUCCGACUGAAGGUUACCCCGUGACAAAUCUGACUUUAGUCGUCCUCCUGCUAAUCCCCUGUGUGGUCAUCCUGCUGCUGUUGAACUGCUUCUUCCUGGGCUACAAGCUGCUGGUCCUGUCAAAGAGGAACAGCAGGCAGAAGCUGGAGGACGCGGAGGAGAUGCUUCUGCGGUCCACUCUGCACCGAGUGUCCGACGUGGCCUUCCCCCCGCUGCAGGACGCGAGGAGAGCGUUUAUGUCUCUGUCGGAUCCCGUCCUGCCGCAGCCGGUCACCUCUUCCAGGGCUUCGUCCAGGGAGAGGGCCGGGGAGGAGGGUCACAGGAUCCGACUCCUGAGGCCGGAUGGGGCCACCAGAUCGGGAUCCCUGAGGGCGCCGAGCUCCAUCCGGGCCGCGUCCUCUGCGGCUGGUUUCAGCCCCAGGUUCGACCUGCCAUCCGACUCACGGACCUGCACCGCCACCAGCAAGGCCAGAUGGUGUAAAAGUGCACCGGUUCUGCCGCAGUCCAGCGACUCGGAGGCUGAAAUCAGAAUAAACCUCGUCCCACCAAACUCUCCUAUGCAGGAGACGGAACUCCUGGGUCACGUUCGCAGGAGCAGCACCUACGAGAUGCUGACAGAUGUGAACCCAGCUGUUGCAGUGCACGCGUUUGACAAAGUGGACAUGGAGUGCGAGUACGCCGGCCCGCCUUCAGAGACGUCCUGCCUGAACACGUCCGCAGUGGGACCUGGACUGGACAGCGACUUCGGAGCCAGUGCAGGCGUCUCCCUGCGGAUUCUGUCUGCAGACAGCGACGGCCUCUCUAACGGCGUGCUGGCCUCGGCCCUGGAGUGGGAUUACUAUGACCCCUGCUAUGUCAAACAGAAUCAUGUACCCAAACAUAAACACCACAGACCUGCAGUGCACACCAAACAGUACUGGGUGUAAUUAGUACUUUUAAUGUGUUCAUUAUUUUAUUAUUUAUUUAAUUUAAAUAACACAUGCAUGUUUUCUUUUAGUUUGUCCCACUAGUAAUCACUAUUCCUUUAACACAAAUCUUCUGUUUUCUGAUGUUGUCGACUGCACUGUGAACACUCUGCCACUUAACUUGUUCAUUGUUUAAUAUUUCCUCUGCACCUUGACUUCAGUUAGCGUGAAAAUGUCUACUGUGCACACUUGACCCGUGUUCAUGUUUGUUCUUGUCACUACUUCAUGUACUACAGGGCUGUACAAUCACAUUAAUUACACGAUUAAUUUCACUGCUUAAGAUGUUUUGAUUCACAUUGAACAAUAAAGAAUAUUUUGAAUUUAACAAGGUGUCCAAAUGUUUUAAUACAUGUUUAAUCUUUCCAGUUAAAUGUAUUUCAACUUGCCUGUACCCUCAUCACAUUAAAGCAUUUUCUUUGAUUUGGGGAUGUUAGUUGCUCCUCCUGACCAGCAGAGGGCAGUGUAGUGUGGCUGAUUUGAUUAUUUUUCCAUCUUUAAACAGAUGAGAAGCAAUUAGAAUACUGAUUAGGCGACUCCAUACUUGAUUUACAGGCAAAAAUUGGUGAGUCACACAAAUCUACUUUUCUCCUUGAGAUUGAGGAAGCAUCUUUGAUUCCUGGACAUCAGUGUUCAAAGAGUUUAACUAAGGAUGCAUCAGCUACUGCAACCAAAAACAAGAAAACAAUCAAAAAUUAAAAACACACUUUUCUUUAGAGUAUUGGAAGUUUUAAAUAAAGUCUAUUCACAUCUCUUUUCCUCUAAUAUUAGCAUUAACUAGCUUUGCAUUUUUCACUUAGGAGGUAUAAGAUUCAAAAAAGCUAGCACUUCUAUCACUAACAAAGUGUCAUUUGAAACUAGCCCAACAGGAAAAGACAAUUUAACAGCAGCAGUGCAUUAUGUGCACUAGUCCCUGUGUGCUAACCAACAGCACAUACAAAAAGAGUCAAAGACAUUCAGUCGGAAUAUUUUAUUCUCUGUUGAGGGACCAUCUGUACAUUAAAGAUCAAGUGCCACUUGAAUUUCUUUUUUCUUUUAAGUUCAUAGAAAGUAUAACUGACGCUGCACUAUGCAAACAUGACAACAAGAGGACCAAAAAGUA